GUGAUUAGCUUGCCACUACAAGCUAAUGCCUGUCGGAUACCUGAUGUCGGCUGAUUUCGGGUGGAUGAUAAAGACAGCGUAGGAAAAAUGGCGGACGUCGAGGGACAAGGUGUUUGUUCCCCGGUCCCUCCGUUGCCUCACCCGUCCUCCCGAAACGGCUCCGGUAGCGGUAACGUAACACCGGGCACCGGCGGCAGCUGCCAGACGAUGACUACCGUUACUUCGGGCCCGCGGUUAGUUCGGAUAGUGAAGUCCGACUCGGGCUACGGAUUUAACGUUCGCGGACAAGUGAGUGAAGGAGGGCAGCUCCGGAGCAUUAACGGGGAACUGUACGCCCCCCUGCAGCAUGUCAGCGCCGUCCUUCCCGGAGGAGCCGCCGACAGAGCCGGUAUCUCCAAGGGGGACCGCAUUCUCGAGGUAAACGGCGUGAAUGUGGAAGGGGCGACACACAAGCAGGUGGUGGAUCUGAUCCGGGCCGGCGAGAGAGAGCUGGUGCUGGCCGUGCUGUCCGUCCCGCCUCAGGAGGCCGACUGCUUGGAUCCUGGAGACGACGGUUCCGCCCAGUCCUGCUAUGACUACUCUGACAAACAGGCCGUGCCCAUCUCCGUUCCCAGCUACAAGCACACUGAGCUCAACCAUGAAAAGUUUGUGGUUUACAAUGUGUACAUGGCAGGCAGACAGCUGUGCUCCAAGCGUUACCGGGAGUUUGUCAUCCUGCAUCAAAACCUGAAGAGAGAGUUCGCCAACUUCACGUUCCCCAAACUGCCGGGGAAAUGGCCCUUUUCGCUGUCGGAGCAGCAGCUGGACGCCCGACGCAGAGGCCUCGAAGAAUACCUGGAGAAGGUGUGCUCUGUACGGGUGAUCGGAGAAAGCGACAUCAUGCAGGAGUUCCUGUCUGAGUCGGAUGAGAACUAUAACGGUGUGUCGGAUGUGGAGCUGAGAAUAGCCAUGCCAGACAAAACUACGCUCACUGUCAGAGUCCGUAAAAACUCCACCACAGACCAGGUCUACCAGGCUGUGGUUAUGAAACUAGGAAUGGACAGUGUAACAGCCAGCUACUUCGCCCUGUUCGAAGUCAUCAACCACACCUUUGUGCGCAAACUUGCUCCCAACGAGUUCCCCCACAAACUGUAUGUACAGAACUAUACCUCAGCCAUCCCGGGAACCUGCCUCACCCUGCGCAAAUGGCUCUUCACCACAGAAGAAGAAAUUCUGCUCAAUGAUAAUCAGCUUGCUGUCAACUAUUUCUUCCAUCAGGCUUUGGAUGAUGUGAAGAAAGGGUUCAUCAAAGCCGAGCAGAAGUCUUACCAGCUGCAGAAGUUGGCAGAGCAGAAGAAGAUGCCCAUGUACCUGAGCCUGCUGCGGAGUUGUGAGGGCUACAACGAGAUAAUAUUUCCUCACUGUUCCUGCGACUCCCGGCGUAAAGGCCACGUGAUCAUGGCCAUCAGCAUUCACCACUUCAAGCUGCACGCCUGCACCGAGGACGGAACACUUGAGAACCAGGUGAUUGCCUUCGACUGGGGGGAAAUGCAGAGGUGGGACACGGAUGAAGAGGGCAUGGCCUUCUGUUUUGAAUAUGCACGAGGAGAGAAGAAACCCCGCUGGGUGAAAAUUUUCACUCCUUAUUUUAACUACAUGCAUGAGUGCUUUGAGAGAGUCUUCUGUGAGCUCAAGUGGAGGAAGGAGGUGGAAGAGGAAGCGACAGACAAGGACAAUAAGAACUGCAAUAAAGAUGAAUAUAUUCCAGCUGCUGAGGCACAGAAGGGAUGGGGGCACCUAGGAAGGGAGAUCGUUACCUCUUAAAUCCAGUCCAUCGUCAUCAGCGACAGAGCUCAGACUUGGCCUUGACCUCGCCCCAGACCCAGCCACUCUCAGCUAAUAACUCCGCGGACGCCAUUCACACUCCUUCAAUCCGACAUCAGAAGCUACUCCGUACACGCAUCUGCUGAUGAACACAUCUGACAAACACGAGCAUCGAAAGCGUACAGACUCAUGACCCAGAACUCUCGAAUCCAGCACAUCAUAGCCAUGCAUCGAGCAGAGCUCUGUCCAGAAGAAACCAGGCGUCUGUAGACUGGAUCCGUGCGAGCCCCUUUUACUUAUUGGCAGGGACCUGAAGUGGACCGUGACGUGCAAACGAGGAGGCUGCGAGCCCCUCUUGAAGGAGCCGUACUUGAAAAAAGGAAUUAUACGUGUACGCAGAAGGGAAAGUGGAACCUGUCAGCGCUCACAAAGAGGAACACAGAUUGCAGUAAUCAGCGGCGCUGCGGGCUGACCACAGGAAGACACCUAGCUUCUCAAUUUGCGAAUUACAGCGGCAGUGUCUCGUGUGUCUCUCUGUGCGCGUGUUUCAGUGUGUUAGGGAGGUACAAACAAGAGGGACGCUCUCUGAAUGUAAGUCACAGCUGAAUCAUCACUCAUCUGUUAUGCACUACAAGAGAUAACUUUUAUCAUUGCGAUCAGGCUUGAUGAGAGAAGGGAAAGAAAAAGUAGACCUUUUUUUAUAAAAAAAUUUGUAUUGUGUUUCUGUUUGGUUUAUUUGCAUAUGUCACUCAUUGCAGGAACGAGGUGAACUUUAGAUCAAUGUUGCACUUUAUCCAACAGUAUUAACAAUCUCCAGAUGUGCUAAAGCUGACCUGGAAGGCAAAUAGGGACAGGCUUACUGGAAUAAGCUUGUACUUAACGUUCAAUCCACUUCUGACUGACAGACAGCAGUGUGAUUAUACACUGGGUCGACAUAUGGUAUAUGCAGAACCAUGCAUUCAACUUGAUUUCUAUUUAUUGUGUUAUUUCAACACUCCAUGCAUCUGUUUCCUGGCAUCGGGAGGCAGCAGUGACGCCGAGGACUCAGGCUGUUUUAUAUGCAUUACACAGAAAAGACGGCAGGGGUCCUCCUCUUCCUUCCUGCUCUGUGAUUACUGUGUUUCAGCAGCUCCCACAGGAUUUAUAAUAGGCCUGUAAUUCAAAUGGCCUUUUUUCCAUGCAGCACUAUUUAUCUCUGUAGCUAGCACUUUGCUGCUCCGGUAAACCUCUGAUGCACUGCAUGUUCGCGAGAUGAAGAUCUGUAAACAAAAGGGAUUUUUGUUUUUUCCACUCCUCAAAGAUACGAUCACUAAAAGGCUUCCUAGCAACUGAUUGCAUAACGUAAUGAAAUAAAUAACAUGAGCCCGUUCGGUGUUCUAAUUCCAUGAUGAAUGCAAUGAUCAAACCCAUGUAAUGAGGUAUAACCUGAUUAUCUGCUGGGGCAAUACUUGUGCCGGCCUGAAAAUACACAAAUAUAUAAUUACAGGUUAUUACAUUAUUGAACUGGUAUGCUCAGAUGUCAGAUUCUUUUGGAAAGUAUUAGGCCGAUUCCGCGAGUGUUGCAGUAUUUCUGAUCAUCAUGUUAGUAAAAAUAUUCAGUGAAGCCUCUUCAAAUAUACUGCAAUCAAUUUGUCCAUUGGCAACAAACUCAUGAGAACAAAAUAUGUUGCUGCUGGACGUCAUCAAUGAUCAUUUCCAGUUGUGAGUGAAUCAUUACUCUGGUUUAGCAGGUUAUGGUGCUUUCGUAAAUCUACAGCUGAUUAUAUAGAUUUGAAUUAGUGGCUCUUAUUAAGAGAACUUGUUAUAAUGACGGUGCUGUUCACAGAAGCUGCUUUAGGUGAUUAAUGAGUUGCAGCAGGUCUCUGAGGGCGUGUAGACCAGGUUUAAUUGAAAGUGUUGAGCUUUGAAUUGAGGCUGGAUGCGCAGCCCUAAAGACCGCACACAUUUCCCAGGAUCCCCGUCUGUUUACCGAACCAUGUCUGACACAGCCGAUUGUCUGAUUUGCCCCCCCCCCCCCUUAAAUCUGCUCUCUUUAACUCUCCCUCCUCUCGAUCUCUCGGCCUCUCAUUCUCAUUCUUACUAAAGUUAUAUGUCACCUGCAUUAUUUAAUUCAGUAAGAUCUAUAAUGUUAAAUUCAGCUGAUACAGUCUGGAUUUCAGGAGCUGGAUCAGAGUCGACUUGUAGAUCCUUUGACAUGCUGAAAUGUGAAACUGACGAGUGUUUGGUUACAUCGCUUACUGUAAUAAAUUGUAACAUAUUCUUUUAAAUAAACUGAUUUAUU